GGGAUGAAGUGGUUUCUGUGCCUGAUUGGUGCGUUUAUCUUGGGUUUGCACAGCCAUGUGAAUGCUGAAUCACAUUUGAGUAGAAGUGUGAUUGAAAAAGCUGUUGAGGAGGCCAAAACAAUGGUGGACUCAGCUUAUGAGUACUCCAGAAGACAGAGCAUUGAGCGUGUGAAGAGGAAUGCAGCGAAUCCCUCAGACGUCCUACGCUUGUUGAAACAGCCGGUGGGAUUAACCCGUCUUGAAGUGCGAGCUGCCGACUACAUGGAUAACACUAUCAAACUGUUACAGGGUUCAUCGGGGAGACGUCAGAAACGCUCCAUCAAUGCUACAGAUCUGAUCUCUGCCGAGGAUCUGCAAUUCAUCUCUGAUCUGACAGGCUGCUCUGCUCGCCAGCGCCCUCCUUCCUGCAAGACUUUGCCCAAUUUGGACAGAUUUCGCACAGCAAGCAGUGUCUGCAACAACAGAGAAAACACACGCUGGGGAUCCUCCAACACACCUUUUACUCGCUGGCUCCCUGCCGAGUACCAGGACGAAAUAUCUCUGCCCAAGGGCUGGGACCCAGAGCUGAAAGUUAACAACAGGAUCCUUCCUCUGGUAAGAGAGGUGUCCAACCGUAUCCUGAGCACAAAAAACUCUGAUGUGGAGAGCGAUCCUCUCUACACCCACCUGGUGACCAUCUUUGGUCAGUGGACAGACCACGACCUGACCUUCACUCCUCACUCUCCCGUCAUCCGCUCCUUCAGUAACGGCAUUGACUGUGAUAAGAGCUGUGAGCGCACUGAGCCCUGCUUCCCUAUCACGAUUCCCAAGGAUGACCCCCGCCUUGAGAGGCAUUCAGAGGAGUGCAUCCCCUUCUUCCGCUCGACAGCAGCUUGUGGCUCUGGAAACACGGGGCACAACUUUGGUGCAAGCACGGUCCGCCAGCAGAUGAACACUCUGACAUCCUUCAUCGAUUUAGGCCAGGUGUACGGUUCAGACGAUGCCAAGGCUCGCUUCUUACGCAACCUCACCACAGACGAGGGGCUGCUGAGGGUCAACACAGAGUACACUGACAAUGGCCGAGAGCUACUGCCCUUCACCAGCAUGGGCGCCAACAUGUGUGCAACCCGAGCUAGAAUCACCAAUGAUGUUAGUGUUGAGGAGGUGCCCUGCUUUCUGGCUGGUGAUGAGCGCUCCAACGAGAACAUUGGUCUUUCAUCUUUGCACACUCUUUUACUGCGUGAACACAACCGCCUGGUUCGUGCUUUGGCCAAACUCAAUCCUCACUGGGACGGAGAGAGACUCUACCAGGAGGCACGCAAAAUCAUGGGUGCAUACUUCCAGGUUAUCACGUUCAGAGACUAUUUACUCCACAUCGUUGGUCCAGACGUCCUUGCCAAGCAGCUCUCUGACUACCCUGGUUAUGAUGAGAAUGUUGACCCCAGCAUCUCCAAUGUCUUCGCCACAGCUGCCUACAGAUUUGCCCAUCUGAUGGUUCAGCCGUUCAUGUUUCGUCUCAAUGAGACGUACGACGAGCAUCCUGAUUUUCCCAGCCCACUUCUGCACAGAGCUUUCUUCACACCAUGGAGGAUCCUCUAUGAAGGUGGUUUGGACCCGAUCCUGAGGGGCCUGGUGGGCCGAAGGGCAAAGCUGAACACACAGGAGCACAUGAUGCACGAUGAGCUGAGGGAACGGCUGUUUGAAUUCUCCAAAGAGUUGGCUCUGGACCUGGCAGCUCUUAACAUGCAGAGAGGCAGAGACCAUGGACUCCCUGGGUACAACAAGUGGAGAGAGUUCUGCGGGCUGUCACAGCCACGAAACCGCAGACAGCUUAGAAGGGUGUUGAAAAAUAACAAACUGGCGAGGGAUCUGGUGAAACUGUACCGCACACCUAACAACAUCGACGUGUGGGUGGGAGGAGUGGCUGAGCCGUUUGUCAAAGGAGGAAGAGUGGGGCCGCUGUUCGCCUGUCUGAUUGCCACCCAGUUCCAGAGGAUCCGUCGGGGAGAUCGACUUUGGUGGGAGAAUGAAGGAGUCUUCACUGAGGACCAAAGGGAGUCACUGAAGCAGACGUCACUUUCCCGUAUCAUCUGUGACAACACUGGCAUCGCCAAAGUACCAGACAAACCCUUCCAGUUCAUGUCAAAAACAUCCUUUACUGAAUGUAAGAGCAUCCCUGCCUUUGACCUCAGCCCAUGGAAGGAGGACAUCGAAUAAG